AAGCUUGCCCCUUCCGAAUUGUCAAACCAUAAAGGAGAUCAAUUGACAGGUGAAAAAGGAUAUCGGGGGUUGUCAUGGGAUUUAUUCCUAAGUUUUCCAAUUCGCUUAUUUAUUAAGUGAGACGGGCUAAAAUCAGUGGAAAUGCCGUUCAAAGAAAAGUGUCGAUGUUGCCUUAACUGCAAAGGACCGAUGUUGUCCUUUUAUUACGAAGAUACGGAGGUGAUUGCGGCUGGGCAGAUGACCAUUGUGGAUUUGUUGAAAAUGUUUACGCAAAUUUCGAUUGCAAGAAAUGAUGGCUUUCCAGAGAAAAUUUGCACAGGUUGCCUCGACGCAAUUUUGCGAAUCUACACAUUCAAAUUGAAUUGUGAAAGUUCCAGUGAUACCAUGAAGCAAAUACAAAGCAGUUUCAACAAAUCCGAAAAUGUGGAUGACUUCUGUCGGACAUGCGUACAAAGUGGACACAAGAUGUAUCCCCUGAAAGAUGGCAACCUUCAACUGUUAAAAGCCUUCACCAGGAAACCGAUACCCUACUCCGAAGGUAUGUCUUGGAAAAUCUGCAGUAAUUGCUUGGAUGCUUUGAAAAUCGCUUGCGAAUUCAAAUACAAAUGUGAAAAUAGUCAAGUAGAGCUCCUAGAACAACUGAGCGAUGUUCGAAGGAACAGUAUGUCAUUUCCUCCCAAGAAAUUCAAAGAUGAGAUCAAUGAAGAACUUAGUGAGGCCGACAUAAAAAAACAAUGUCAGGAUAUUAAAAUCAAAACGAUCUCAAGUGGAUCUCAAAUAGGCGAAAUAAUUGAAAUUGAUGACGAUGAGGACACCGAGAAAAAUGACGAUAAUUUCGAGAACCAUAACUGCAAUGAAAACGAAGACUCUGUUCCGAACGAGGAAAGUGAACCGAAAGAAAGGUCCCUCCCUGUGAGAAAGGGUUUCAUUAACGUCGAAGAUAUUGUAGAAGCAGAAAUAAAUCCGGAAGCUUUUGGAGAAAUGUUCGAAAUCAACGAUAUGUUGGAAACGCAGAUAAAAGUCGGGAAUAACGAUAGCGAAGUGAUUGAAAUUGAAGACAGCGAUGCCGAAUCCGAAUCAAAUUAUCUUAACGGGGAGCCUGAAUGCUAUCUCAGCGAGCAUUCCGUUGAUUAUCAGAGAUUUACUAAUCGAGUUGUACAUGACAAUAGUUAUCAGUGUCCAGCUUGCUACCAACUAUUUCAUCCACAACACUUUUAUUAUCACUUCUUGGCGAUGCACAUCGAGGGCAAUCUCUGCAAAUUAUGCAACCAAGAAUUCCAAGGCUCGGAAAGACAACACGUAUCAUUCCAUCAACCCCUCCUAUAUUCCUGUUCAGAAUGUGAUAUGUGUUUCGACACACAGCUAGAGUUGGCUCGACAUUUAAAGAACGACCAUCAACGAGAACCGGCGUUCAAAUGUAAAGGAUGCGGUGAAAUGUUUUCCAAACGGGUCCACAGAGACACGCAUGAGGUGCUUCACGAAAAGGGACUGCUACCAAUCGAUGCUCCGAAACAAGACAACACAGAUGGUCGUCGCUGUCCGAUUUGCUUUAAAAUCUUCAAACGUCGUAACUACACCCUCUCCCACAUGAUGAUCCACACCGGUUUGAAACUAUAUAAAUGUGAACUGUGUCAGCGCGAAUUUCCACGAAAGAGUUCAUUACGCUUGCAUUUCAUUCAGAUUCACACCGAUCUCCGGCCGUACAAGUGCAAGUCAUGUCCUAUGUCCUUCAAACGUCGAGAUGCUCUUGUAAAUCAUACGAAACGAUUCCAUGGAAAAUUCGGACCCCCACGUACAUUCCAUCCUGGUCUAAGACCGUAUCAAUGUAACGUUUGUAAUAAGUCCUAUGUAACGCCAGAGUAUUUGAAAGCGCAUAAAAAGACGCAUACUUCGGUUCGCGCGUACGCUUGUGAAUUAUGUCCAGCAAAGUUCCGAACGGGGUCAAUGCUACGUAAGCAUGUAGUAGUUCAUAGCCCGGACCGACCCUUUGUCUGCGCAUUUUGCCCAGCUACAUUCAAAUUAAAGGGGCACUUGUCGUCGCAUCUGUUCUACGUUCAUGAUCGGAAGAGUAAUAAUGAUAUCGGAUGCUCGUAAUUUGGCAGUAUUAGUCGUGAGUGUGUUUAGAUAUAUGUACUAUAAGACAGAAAGUAGGAACUCUUAAGUUUUUUUCUAAGUGAACUAAUUUAUUGAUAUUUAUUUACUUUCUUGUAAUAUUUCAAAAAUACAAAUACA